CAAAAAUGUUCACGUGGUUUUCUAACCUCUAAACGUUAAUUUCAAUUUAAACGUAGCUAGACUUAAAAAUGACACAAGUUGAAGAAAAUGUCGUGCGAAUGGAGGAUAUUUUAACGGAACCGAAAUCACAAGAUAGCACAAACAAUGAGGUAGAAGAAUCACCGUUGAAAUCUAAGGACGUUGCCAAGAAGUCUGUAAAUUUAAUUCCGAAAGGUAAGCCUAAGUCUGGACGAAUAUGGAAAGAACCGAAAACAAGAUUCUCAUCGAUUGUUAAAACUCGAGGUACUCGCUUAUCCUUUGAAAAGAAACAAAAGCUGCGGGAAGAAUUAAAGCGUGCUAAAGAAAUGUCUAGAUCUAUAAUAGCAAAAAAACAAGCCGAAAAGGAGGCAAAGAAGCAACGGAGAAUAGAGAAUUUAAAAAGAGCGGAGGAGAACCGAAAGAAAAGUGAAAUCGUCCAAGUUAUAAAAAAUACAGCCAAAAUAAAGAGGAUGAAAAAGAAGCAGUUACGAUUGAUAGAAAAAAGAGAUACGACUAAUAUGUAAAAUCUAUAUACAAAGAAUCGAAGCUAUUGUGCAAGUCUAAUGAAAUAAUCUUUAAUGUUUCAACUCGUUUUUACAUAAAAACUGUAUAUAAACUAAAAAA